AUGUUCUAUAUUAAAAUACCCACAGGACAAGUAUCAUUUCAUAUUUUAGAGAAAUGCGUUUUUAAUAGGUUAGAAUAUUUGCAAUUAUUAUAUGAAGGUAAAGCUCACAAUUUCACUGGUAACUUUGAAUAUCUGUUAGAAAAUUCAGCAUAUGACAAAAUCGGACAUUUUAUAUUGCGGUUAUUAGUAUCUAUGUCAGAACAGUUAUAUAAUUAUUGGAUUAUCAGAGAAGCAUUAUUAUUUCAAAGUAGGUUGGAUUAUAUUUUACCUAGACAAUUAUAUAGAUUAUUUAAAAGUAUUUUGUAUCAAUUAAGAGAACAUACGGAUAAAAAGAAAUUGAUUAGUGAAACAUUAAUCGAUGUGUGUAGCUUUUUCUCAAAACCAUUUGUCUUCAAACAUCUUGUGUCAAAAAAUCAUAUAAAGAAUUGUAAUCUUUUUAAAACCAAAGUACGAUAUGAAGUAGUACCAGAUUUAAUAAAAAAAAGAGAAUUAGACUUGAAUGCAGGAUAUGCUAUCAUAUAUUGUUUCAAAUGGAAAAAAAUAUUAAAAUCAUUGUUUUGCACUUAUAUGACUAAGGAAGUAAUAAACAUGAAAUCAAAAGCACAGCAUACUAUAAACCAAGAUAUUAGAUUCAAUUAUUUAUAUCACAAAAUUUAUACUAUAAUAUUUAAAGAAAAUCAUCAAAUAUCUACCAAAUAUGGAUACAUAACUAAAGAAAACAUAGAUACAGAAGUAAAAAAUUUUCCACUUUGUAUGCAACACUUGCACACAAAACUAAGAAAGACGCACAGGCUUAGUCAUUAUGCUCGUUUAUAUUAUAGUUUGUUUUUGAAAGAUAGUGGAAUGAAAUUAGAAGAUGCUAUAAGUUAUUGGAAAGAAGAAUAUUCUAAACCUCAUUCCUGUUCUUCUAUUUGCUCCCAUAAUUGGCAAUCAAAUGAACGAAAAUUCAUAUACAGUAUAAGACACUUUUAUGGCUUAGAAGGAUCUAAAAAAACUUAUAAGUCACCUACUUGCGAAUUGAUGUGUACAAGUCCAUCAAAUUCUGCAUAUGAAGGAGGUUGCCCAUUUAAAAGUUUUGAUGUGGAUACUUUAAAAAGUCUUUUAUAUUUAUCAUUAUCAAAUGACCACGUAGUAAAACUAUUGAAAAUCAUAUCUUCUCAAAGACCUCAAACUGCUUGUGCUGAAUUUUUUAAAAUGAUAAAUCAAAAUAAUAAAAAUAAUACUAUUAUUAAUAGUCCUUUGCAAUAUUACUUAACAAUGAUUAAUUAA